AUGCGGUUUGUUGGCACCGCGUUUGAAAAUCAGGGUGGAGCACAUCCGAGGCGACGUGUUUGUAUGAAUUGCUUCUACCCAGUACUCAAGACUCUGCCUCGUUUUCUCUCAUUGUGUGGAUUCACGAUUGAGACAUUCAGGUCAGGGAUUCGUGGACGCAGAGCGCUAACACUGGGAUGAAUGUAAAUCAUUGCUUUGGCAGCUCACAAGGUUGUGCACUGUCCGACAGACGAGUCUCUCGUGUAAUUUUGGCCAACCUUGUCUUGAUAUCGGAUGUAAAGCAUUGGCCAGGACUGUUGGCUAGUUUACUUUUCCCAGCCACGCCUGUGAGAACUGCCUUGCAGCUGAUCAACGGGAAUAAUGGGAUAUUGAUAACAUAGUUGAUUUUUUUCACAACCGUUUUCACAGCUUCAGUAAGAAACAUUGACUGUGCUCUCUGCUCUCAGAUGCAGUGUAGACUUGGCUGGUGACUGGUCUGCAGGCUCUCCACUUCUCUUGUCCCCGGAGUCAGCCAGUUGGGGGGCAGAUUCCUGCAUUCCCCUUCUCUCAGUCUGAGUCUUUGUCUGGACAGAACCAACUACCUGCCAUUGGAGUACACAACUCGUCCUCACCCGUGUUGCUCGGAUCAGCACAGCUCAUCUCCUGACUGAGGAGAGCGCAGCAGCUGCACAAGAUUCACCUUUUACCAACAGAUCCCUCCCGGCCCCGCCCACACUGCCCCAUCACCAUGGUGCUGUCACAACGGCAACGAGAUGAACUAAAUCGAGCGAUAGCUGAUUAUCUACGUUCCAAUGGAUAUGAAGAAGCAUAUUCCACUUUCAAGAAGGAGGCGGAAUUAGAUAAUAAUGAAGAAUUGGAUAAGAAGUAUGCUGGCCUUUUGGAAAAAAAAUGGACCUCAGUCAUCAGAUUACAAAAGAAGGUGAUGGAACUUGAAUCCAAACUGAAUGAAGCUAAAGAGGAAAUCACCCUGGGUGGGCCCGUAAGUCAGAAGCGUGACCCCAAAGAGUGGAUCCCACGCCCUCCAGAAAGGUACGCGCUGAGUGGCCACCGCAGUCCAGUCACCCGUGUCAUCUUCCACCCAGUCUUCAGCGUCAUGGUGUCGGCUUCUGAGGACGCAACAAUAAAGGUGUGGGACUAUGAGACCGGAGACUUUGAACGCACACUGAAGGGCCACACAGAUUCGGUGCAGGACAUCUCGUUUGACCAGACUGGCAAGCUGCUAGCUUCCUGCUCUGCAGACAUGACUAUCAAGCUGUGGGACUUCCAAGGCUUCGAAUGCAUCAGGACCAUGCACGGACACGACCACAAUGUUUCGUCUGUAGCUAUCAUGCCCAAUGGAGAUCACAUCGUUUCUGCCUCGAGGGACAAAACCAUAAAAAUGUGGGAGGUGUCAACUGGCUACUGUGUGAAGACCUUCACAGGCCACAGGGAGUGGGUUCGUAUGGUGCGGCCCAACCAGGAUGGCACACUGAUUGCCAGCUGCUCCAACGACCAGACAGUUCGCGUGUGGGUCGUGGCCUCCAAAGAAUGCAAGGCUGAGCUGCGGGAACACGAACAUGUGGUGGAGUGCAUCUCCUGGGCACCGGAGAGCGCCUUCCCUACCAUCCAAGAAGCCACAGGCUCCGAGUCCAAAAAGAGUGGCAAGCCAGGUCCCUUCCUGCUGUCUGGCUCCAGAGACAAAACCAUCAAGAUGUGGGAUGUUAGCAUUGGCAUGUGCCUUAUGACACUGGUUGGCCAUGACAACUGGGUGCGUGGGAUCCUCUUCCACCCUGGAGGCAAGUUUAUUGUGACCUGUGCAGAUGACAAGACCUUAAGGAUCUGGGACUACAAGAACAAGCGCUGCAUGAAAACCCUGUGUGCCCACGAACACUUUGUUACCUCUCUGGAUUUCCACAAGGCUGCUCCCUUCGUGGUCACCGGGAGCGUAGAUCAAACAGUAAAAGUGUGGGAGUGUCGCUGAUUUGGACCUCGGAGGAUUGGACCACCACCCUAAUUACCCAGGCGUUCCUCUGGAUCCCACAUCCCCUCCUGCCAUCCCACCUCCCCCAUCCAUCCCACCUCCCUCACCCCUUCACCUAACCUCACCCGCACAUCUGUCAUCUCCUCCGGCUGCACUCACCACCAUGGUUAUUUACCCAUUGCGCUCUCUGGUCCAAUAACUUUUGUCCUUCUGUGUAAAUUAUUCCUGGAUGUAGAUCGAGCUAUUAAAUGUUACACAAAAAAGUAUUCUUGCAUGGUAAUCCAAAAUUGUAUACUGUAAAUUUACAUAACGUUGUCUAGAAGUACCAUAGGUUUAACACGGGGCUGGCCGUCUGUCACGCAGCCUUACCGACCAACCGAAGGCAGAUGUUUUUGACUGGGUGUAAAAUGUAGGGCACUAAAAACCGAUAAUUUAAGAAAUGACAGUGUCUUUAUGUGUAAGAUUUAUUUUGUCUAUUUUUUUAUUUAGGAUUUUUUUUUUCUCUGUUAUUUCUCUCCUUCACUGUCGUAGUCUGUUGGUGCCUAGCUUGGUGAAACGUUCGAGAGAUGAGGCAGGAAAAGCAUAUAUGAUGCGAUGAGAUGUCUGUGGGGCUUUGUUAUUGAAAUAAUCUGUAGCUUUAUAACAUCACUUCUCAAGUGUGCAUACCAUUUCUCUUCAUGUGGAACUAGGUAAUAUUUUAAUGGCUGUAUAUACGAAUGUUUCAAACUGUUGUCCUUGGACCUCGGGGGCUUGAAAACAGCUUUGUACUCUUGUCAUGGUGGCACAUGAACCACUGCUAGGCUUUAGAUAAAUUAUCCCAUUUAAAAGUAAAAGUGGCUUCGUGAACAGCCGCGCUAAGCUUUUUACAAGAAGUCCAAUGUAGCGAGCAAGUUGGUUUCGCUGUCAGUGAGCGCCUUGGGUCACAGCAGCAGCAUUACACCUGUUUAAUCUCCUAGUAGUUGAUAAAGACCUUGGGUGUGUCUUCCCUGUAGGAGAGGACUUCUUGUGACCUUGCAUGUCAGCCUCAUGUUUGAGCUGAAUCGGUCACCUAUGGUAGGGUUGGUUUGGUGCACCACCCGGAAUAUGUAAAGUCUGAAGAUGCUCAGUUGUCCCAUGGCGCCUCUGAAGGCUGGAAACACAAUAAACCUGCUGAGGAGAAAACAUGACGAGGAGUCAAAGUGAGCCCCCCGGGGUUAAUAUCUGGGAUGUGCAAAGAUCUCAUCAUUUCUGAAUAAAAUGUUCUGCUUCAUAAAAAAAAUGGUUUUGAGUACAAAAAAAGUCAGUUUUCUGUGAAAAUAUGAAAUGUAAAUUUAGCUUGUUAUUAAGAGAUUUGGCAGUUUUGUAUUAUAGAUGGAGGUGAGAUUUGGUGAGGAGAUGCCAGCAGCAGACAUGCAGAAUGAUCUGCUGGUGCUGUUUUGUCUGUAGAGGAAUCUGAUGCUGUGGUUGUUAUUCUAAAGAGCUCCUCGCUGUAAAAAAAAAAAAAGAGGCUCCUGGAUGGACGACACUAAAGCAUCUCGACAGACAAACCCCACGGACCACUUCACACGUAUGCAAACAUCUUCUGAGUGGCUUUUCCUCAAAUGUUCAGCUUUUGAUCUUCGUGAAGCUGUAACUGUAAAAUGAUUUUUGGAGAGACUGGAAAGUAAAUGUAAUCCAGUCCAUGCUGUAAGAGACAACCAUUCCACUUCCCUGGUAGGACACAAAAAAAUGAAACAUCUUGCUUCUGAACUGUAGCUGGCAAGGUGAUUCAUUAAUCUUGCACAUCCCUGUUUUCACUAAAGCUUCGGCCAUUUAACGAUGACCGAAGACAACAUUAAAGUUUAAUGAUGUUGAUAAAUGCAUAAACCUAUAAUUUCUGAUUAGCCUUUUCAUUCCAAUGCAGUUCUUGGCUAAUAAAGAAUUCCACUGCUUAACUGAUCUUCUUAUCUUAGCUUCUUUGCCAAGUUUUCCUCUUCCUGUGUGUACUGGAUGUGGUGAUCUGCUGCUCAAGCUCUUGCUAGUGGCUACUGUGAGCCUAAUGUGACCUGUUGAUGUAGCACUGCUGCAUGUAAACCUGCACCCAGAGGCAGAGCUGUCCGAACAUAUUCUUGUAAGAGCUCAGAGCCCUCGUAUCGGACUAAUUGGUUUGAAUAACGUGGCGAGAAGCUGACUCUGUGUGCUUUCAAAGUCGUGUGGCAAUUUGGGAAAUGUGCUUGUUUGUUUUCUUGCUGAGAGUUAGAUGAGAAUAUUGGUACAACUCGUUUUUUUUUUGCUGUAAAUAUGAAGUUGCAGCCUGUUAGAUUAACACCAGUAUUGUAGACAGAGGGAAGCUGCUUGCUUGCUUGGUGGUAAAAAAUAAAUCAGCACCAGAAAAAACUCACAAUUAACGUGUUUUAUCUAGUUUGUUGAAUAAGAUAAAAUGACAUGUUUUAUUUGUUGCUGCAUUUUUUUUUUCUCUACUAGAAUCAAACCCUGGUUUUCUGGCAACUUAAGUGCAGUUCAAAUAUUGUGAAAAUAUUCUUUUUUUUUUUUAUGUGUAAUUCCAACAAAUUAAGAAAGUCAUGAAUAAUCCUUGAAAAUCAAAAUUUUUAAUUAAGAGUUUUUCCAUUAAAAUCGUAGUAUUUGCAAGUUUUCAUGUUCAAAAACUAGACAGAUGCUGAAAAUCAGACAUGCAAUGCUGAAAUUGUAAAAGUGACAUUUGUAUAAGACAUAAGAAAAUGAGUCUUCCUAAUUUUACACACAUAAAAGUACAGAUGACAACCCUGAAAUACCAACUAGCUGCAGUCUCCCUGGUUGCCAGGCAACUAGUCUGGACAGGGCUAGGCUAGCUUUUAGCGGUUAUUAUGCUAAGCUAAACUAACCAUCUGCUGGCUCCAGCUGCAUAUUCACUGUCCAAACAUGAGAGUGGUAUCAGUCUUUUCAUCUAACCAUCUAACAAAGCGAGUACUUCCCAAGCUGUUCCUUAAACGUGACUGUGUCCUUGGUCGCUGGCUGAGUUCAGACAGCUCUGUUCUUUGGUUGUAGAGAGGCUGGUUUUGUUGUGUGUGAUGCUAUUUGAAGGAGAUUUUUACAGCCUCCUUCUUCUGUAAAUGCAAUGGGAUUGUGGCAGACUAGGAUGUCCCAAAGGAGCAGCCCUCUCUUUCAGGGAAUAUUAAUGUCUCCCUUUGGUGUGUGCCCCCUUUACAAAGGUCUUAUUUUUUUUUUCUAUAACCUGUUUUCUCUUUCCAAACGUCUGAGGAAAAGACUUUGGUUGAAGAGAGAAUCGGCUAAUUUUGUAGUACAAUUUGGCUAAGGAAGAUGCCAAUGUGUUAAAUGUUCUAGCUGAAGCCAAAAAUGGAGACAUUAGUCCGUACAAUCUGGUUUAUCUUGAGAAAUCAGCCUCCUCGUGUGUUGGUCCGACACUGUGGCCAACUGUUGAAAACGAUAGUCUCCUCAGGAUCACGCUAUGACAUGCCAGACCAUAAAAUGUAAAUUUAAAACGUAUCCCCUUCCUUGGUUUUACUCAAGGAAGGUGGUUAAUCAGAGGUCAGGACGAUGUGUGUUCUGUUUAUUUUGUAAUAAUCAAUAGGAAAAAGAGCUACAACACAGCUGCUGGUGUUGUACGCAAGUGUUGAAGAAAAAUCCCCUUUUGCCAUUUGCAGGUCCCAAGCAAUCCCUGUGCUGCUCUGGUCUGGUGUGAAGGGACCGACAGCCAGGUGUUGACUGUCUGUGGGUCUCUUCCUCCGGCCUUCGGUCCCUCUGUCCUCUGUAAGCUGCCUGUGAACCACAGCCGAGGGCUUCAGACUGCACAACAAGCUCCAAACAGAAGAGCUCAUGAUGUUUUCGCCACUAUGGUCUCACUCUUCACACAGCAAACUGUUAACAAUAUACCUGGAUGUCAUUAUUGUUUGCGAUAUAAUAAAAGAAGAAAAUCUGCA